AUGCGUAAUCUGAAAGAAAAAUUUGAUUCAGCAAGGAACCGCUUGCUUGAAUUUGAGAGAAAGCAACCAGAUGAUGGUUCAACAGAAGAUAGUAUAUCUCCAAGACCAAUAGUAGUUUUCACUGGUGUAACACCUGAAAGAUACCAACAGUUUCGUAAUAACGAAGAACGAAAGUUUCACGUCUUUAUCCGUUUGGUCGACGGAAAAGUUAUUGUAUACGAUAUGCCUAGCCCUGUCCACGGACAUCUACUAGCCGAAUUUAUUUAUAUGAUAAGAAAUUGGCACGGUCAACUUCUUGUGAGUACCGAUGUGGAUCUCAAUGUUGGUAAUAACACAUACUCCCCUGAUAUCCUGGUUCAACCACUACUGGUUCCUGUGGUUCUACCUACAGUAAUGGAUCCAAGAAUGGUUUUAGAGAUUGGAAAAACGGAGUCUCUCCAAAGUUUGCAUGAUCUACCAGGAGAUUACUUUUCUGCGGGGACCAACAUCCAAGUUUAUUUAGGGAUAAAGGUGUGGCCUCGCCGGGUGAAUGGGACCGCCGCAAUGCUCGCUCUGCUCUACCUACGUAAUAAUGUAAUCCCAAACCCGUCAUCAAACACACCACCCACAAUAACCUUACCAAACACGGUGCCAAACAUCACAAUUUCAUUUGGAACAGCACCUCUCAAUCACGAGCUGUUGGCCUUUGUUGCUAAUACCAGUAUACCGAAUCACAGAAUUACCGGCUUCUUACAACCUGGUGAUAUUGCUUGCACGGCACCUAACAUGCCAAAUUAUCAAAUAGCAAUCUCCACAAAUUUACUCUUUUUCGGUAACCCAAUGGGUCCUCCACCUGGCGUACCCAAUAAUUUCAAUUUAGAUUUGUGGAUUGUACAGGGUAGAACUUUGAUUUAUCUGCCCUGA